ACGCUGCUUUCCAAGAUGGCGACGGAGGGAGGAGGGAAGGAGAUGAACGAGAUUAAGACCCAAUUUACCACCCGGGAAGGUCUGUACAAGCUGCUGCCGCACUCGGAGUACAGCCGGCCCAACCGGGUGCCCUUCAACUCGCAAGGAUCCAACCCUGUCCGCGUCUCCUUCGUAAACCUCAACGAACAGUCUGGCAACGGCGACCGCCUCUGCUUCAAUGUGGGCCGGGAGCUCUACUUCUAUAUCUACAAGGGGGUCCGCAAGGCUGCUGACUUGAGUAAACCAAUAGAUAAAAGGAUAUACAAAGGAACACAGCCUACUUGUCAUGACUUCAACCACCUAACAGCCACAGCAGAAAGUGUCUCUCUCCUAGUGGGCUUUUCCGCAGGCCAAGUCCAGCUUAUAGACCCAAUCAAAAAAGAAACUAGCAAACUAUUUAAUGAGGAAAACUCUUGUCAGCACUUGUGGAAGGUGGAUUGGAAUGAAGAAAGAGAGAAUGAAGGUAGCAAGACCAGUGAGGAGGCUCUAGUAACUGUCCAGAGACUAAUAGACAAGUCACAAGUAACCUGUGUCAAAUGGGUUCCUGGUUCGGAAAGCCUUUUCCUAGUAGCCCAUUCAAGUGGGAACAUGUACUUGUAUAAUGUGGAGCACGCUUGUGGCACCACAGCCCCCCACUACCAGCUUCUGAAGCAGAGAGAGAGCUUUGCCGUGCACACUUGCAAGAGCAAAUCCACGAGGAACCCUCUCCUCAAGUGGACGGUGGGUGAGGGGGCCCUCAACGCGUUUGCUUUCUCCCCAGAUGGCAAGUUCUUGGCGUGCGUGAGCCAGGACGGCUUCCUGCGGGUGUUCAACUUUGACUCGGUGGAGCUGCACGGCACCAUGAAAAGCUACUUUGGAGGCUUGCUGUGCGUGUGCUGGAGCCCGGACGUUAAGUACGUCGUGACGGGCGGGGAGGACGACCUCGUGACCGUCUGGUCCUUCGGAGACGGCCGCGUGAUCGCGCGGGGCCACGGGCACAAGUCCUGGGUCAGCGUGGUGGCGUUUGACCCCUACACCACCAGUGUGGAAGAGAGCGACCCUAUGGAGCUCAGUGGCAGUGACGAGGACUUCCAGGACCUUCUGCACUUCGGGCGAGACCGAGCAAACAGCACCCAGUCCCGGCUGUCCAAGCGGAACUCGACCGAGAGCCGCCCCGUCAGUGUCACGUACCGGUUUGGCUCCGUGGGCCAGGACACGCAGCUCUGCUUAUGGGACCUCACGGAAGACAUCCUUUUCCCCCACCAGCCCCUCUCCAGAGCAAGGACGCACACGAACGUCAUGAACGCCACGAGUCCUCCUGCCGGAAGCACUGGCAACAGCAUCACGACCCCCAGCAACCCGGCGCCCCCUCCCCUGCCGCGGUCCAACAGCCUCCCGCAUUCCGCCGUCUCCGGCACCGGCAGCAAGGGCAGCGUCGCGGACGGUGCCAUCGCUUCCGGGGUCAGCAAGUUCGCAACGCUCUCGCUACACGACCGGAAGGACAGGCACCAUGAGAAAGAUCACAAACGAAACCACAGCAUGGGACACAUCUCUAGCAAGAGCAGCGACAAACUGAACCUCGUUACUAAAACCAAAACGGACCCAGCUAAAACCUUGGGCACGCCCCUGUGUCCUCGGAUGGAAGACGUCCCCUUGUUAGAGCCGCUCAUCUGUAAAAAGAUAGCACAUGAGAGGCUGACUGUAUUAAUUUUUCUUGAAGACUGUAUAGUCACUGCUUGUCAGGAGGGAUUUAUUUGCACGUGGGGAAGGCCUGGUAAAGUGGUCAGUUUUAACCCUUAAUGCUGCACCGGAUCCAGAACUUGAAUAGGUAGUGAUUUUUUUCUUGCGGGAGGGGCGGGGUGUACAAUGAAUGUGAAUGACACUUCUUAUUCUUAAUGUAAAUCUAAAUGCAUCAGAGCCAUAAUUUUGGAUACUGCAUGCCAUGUAAUUCUGAAUCAUUUGAUAAUUCACCUUAGAACGUUUAAAAAAUAUAAUCAAACUAAUUGCCAGCCAAGUCAGUCACC